ACCAAAGGUUCCCCAUAACGCAGAUCGGCCCGCGAACCCCCAUUUAACACGCGAAACUCCUUGUCUUCAUACAAUCUUAUUUCAAUAACCGCGCCUUGUAUACAUGAGCACACUCUCCGAGGGCGUGAGCAAUGUCGCGGCGCUGGCUUUCAUUGCACUUUGGUGCUUGAUGAUGGUUUUUUGUGGGGUGGGCACAUACUUGAUUCGAGUACGACAUUCGAGAUCGCCAGCUUCAUCACCUCUCACGCCAUCCACUACCCCUGGUGUCACUAUUCUUCGGCCUUUGAAAGGAGUGGAUUGCAACCUCCUGGACAAUCUCUCGUCCUCGUUUCGCCAAGAUUAUCCACUUUAUGAACUCAUCUUCUCCGUUGCUGACCAAAACGAUCCAGCGAUUGAAAUUGUUAAGGAGUUGAUGAGACAAUAUCCAGAAGUGGAUGCAAAGCUGAUAAUAGGUGAUGUGGAUGUUGGCGUUAAUCCAAAAGUCAAUAACAUGCUGCGGGGAUAUCAAAAUGCAAAAUAUGAUAUCAUCUGGAUUCUCGACAGCAACGUGCACAUAAACCCGGGUUGCAUGGGUCGUUCGGUAUCGGAGCUCAUGCACCCUGGAAUCGGGUUAGUUCAUCACUUACCCUGUGGCGUUAGUCCUCAAACCUACGGCUCUUACUUGGAGCAAGCCUUCCUCAAUACCGCCCACGCUAAGAUGUACAUUACAAUAAACAAAGUGGCCCUUGCGAGUUGCGUCAUUGGAAAAUCGAAUAUGUUCAGAAAGUCAGUUUUGGCACAAUUGGGAGGCCUGGAGAAUUACGGUAAAUACAUGUCCGAAGACAAUAUCAUUGGAGAAGCGAUAUGGAAGCUGGGACUACGACAUCGGAUGACUACGGAUGUCGCUUAUCAAACGUUGGGAGGUCUAUCAGUGCCGGAUUAUUUUAAACGGAGAGCACGCUGGAUCCGAAUUCGAAAAUACACCGUUUUGACGGCGACGCUUCUGGAGCCUUUUACAGAAUCGAUUCUAAAUGGAUUCCUGGCGGCAUGGGCAUUCCAUCGGAUGUUGCAUGUGUCUGCUUCACUGUUCUUACUGGCGCAUUUUACGAUAUGGAUAAGUAGCGACUGGAUCAUUGCAACGACACUUGAUACUGCGACCCGAAGAGAAGCCAAGAAGUUUUUAAGAGCGUGGUGUAUACGGGAGCUUGCUGCGUUACCAUUAUGGAUCUCUGCUAUGGCAGGAAGUACAGUCGAAUGGAGGGGAAAGCUAUUCUGGUUGAACACGGAUGGUACCGUUGCACCUGCAUGUCAAGGCAGUCGCGUUAGGUAUUGUCGGCGUUUUUUAGAAAGAUGGUGGCCAGGGGCCGUCGUUGGAAAGUGGAUGGGAAAGGCGUCAGUAGUGAAGGAAGGUUUGGUUGAGGGCGUGAAAGCUGGUAUAGUGUCGUCAAGUGCCAACAUUAAGGCCACCGAGUUGGCGGACGUCGCGGAGCCGCUCUUAGUUGUAAUACCCGGACGACAUUGACAUUCGUAUUUAUAUUAAUACGUAUCAAUUGUUAUUAUAGAAUAGAAUGGCAGCCCUCACGUGGAAUCGUAAUUUUUCCAUGAUAUUUUAAUGAUCAAGUAGGCUGUACGAUGUAGCGUAUAACCAGG